ACUCAGGAUAGAUCAAGUUGCAUGGACAUAUUGGCUCUAAGCUACAAUCACUUACCCCGACGCUUGAAACCAUGCUUUCUAUAUUUUGGUAUUUACCCAGAAGACUUUGAGAUACCAGUAAGGCAACUAAUCCGACUAUGGAUAGCCGAGGGAUUCAUUCAACAAAUUGGGAAUAGAAAUAUAGAGGACGUUGCUGAAGACUACUUGGAGGAACUCAUUGAUUGGAGCUUGAUUCAAGUGGCAACAAAAAGGCUAGAUGGAGGAGUCAAAACAUGUUGUAUCCAUGAUCUUUUACGAGACCUUUGUAUAUCAGAAAGUGCUGAAGAGAAGUUUCUUGAGGUUUGCUCAGAUGUUAAGCUUUCACCCAUGAGCAAAUGUCAUAGAAUUUCCAUCCACUUUGCCAACAAUCCAUACAUUUCUUCCAACCCUUGUAAGUCUUCAAAUAAUCGUUCUGUAAUAGGCUUUCAGGGAGUUGUCAGGCUUGAGAGUCCUCUUGACAAAGGCUACUACUUGAAAUGGCUAUGCAAAAGUAACAAGUUUGUUCGGGUGGUAGAGCUUAGAAAUAUGGCCAUUUGUUGCGCAAUCCCCAAAAAGAUUCAAAACCUUUUUCUUUUGAGGUACUUGAGCAUUUCAUCUGGUUUGCCUCAUGUCAUCAUUCCAAAUUCCUUAUGCAACCUUUGGAAUCUUGAGACGCUAGAUAUGAGAAAUUCUAAAAUUGAAAGCUUGCCCAAGGGGUUAUGGAAGUUACAAAAAUUAAGACAUUUGUACUUGAAUGGGCCAACAUCUCUACCUGGAACAGACAAUGAAGAGGGUUUACCCAAUCUUCAAGUCCUUACUGGUAUAGCAUUAAAUCACUACACUGAGAGUCUCUUUGCCAAGGCCAGAUUUCCUAACCUAAGAAAAUUAGGAUUGUGUUCAUCAAAUGUGCACGAGUCAAGGUUAUUCAUAUUGUCAUUGUCAAGCAUCCAUCCCUUGCGUCAUCUGCAGACUUUGAAGGUUUGUAAAUAUAUUUAUAAACUUUCAAAUCCUAGUUCACUCCAGUUGAUCCCAACAAAGUUAACCUUGCUGGAUAUGCCAAAUUUUUCUCCAUCUUUCGGAGUGUUGUGUAGCCUUACCAACCUUCGAAUACUCAAAGUAGUUGGAUGUGACAAUUUAGUACUUGAAUGCGAUGAACAUAGUUUUUGUCAACUCCGAGUCUUCAAAAUGGCAAAAUUAAAUCAUAUGCAAUGGACUAUGAAGAAAGGUGCAAUGCCAAGGCUUCAACGUUUGGUCAUCGAGCGUUGCAAAUUUUAUAUGCUGCCCCUGGACGAACUAUGGUGCUCGAGCGCCUUGCAGGAUGUGGAAGUUUUCUAUCCCGAUCCACAAUUGGUUAAGGGGCUUCAACAGUUUCAGAUGAGGGAUGGAUGUAGGCUCCAAGUCUAUCCAUCUCUGGACCCAUUCCCAACAACUAAUUGAGAUAAGUAGUCUGUUGUGCUAUGCUUUGGUGGUCAAUGCUCCUCUCUUUCCUGAUUAUCUUAGCUGUUUGUUAACUUAAGCCUUUACUGUAUUUGUUUUUUGUUUAUGGACCUGUGGUGAUAAAUCCGGCUUGGUUUGGAGGAAGGUAUUAUCUUGGGAUUGGAACACUACUAAACUGAAAAGCUUUAUUAUUAU